AUCUGGAUCGUAAUAUGCAUCUUACAUCCUGCACAUCUUGAGAAAAAAUGUUUUGCGCCAAUAAGGAUCCAAAGAUUCCCAACAAUAGGAAAAUUACUGUUUGGCCACAAUGGCUGACCGCCUUUGCAAUUACGCUGGAAUCCAUUGUUACUGGUCUGGCCAACGGUUGGGCUUCCCCAUAUUUAGCGCAAUUAACAUCAGCGGAAGCAGAUGUUUCUUUGAAACUCACCGAUAUCGAGGCAUCUUGGGUCGCAUCCCUUUUAAGUCUUGGACGUGUAAUUGGGGGGUUUAUCGGCGCAUUUUGUCAAGAGUACAUCGGACUAAAGAAAGUGCUGCUGUUAUCGAGUUUGCCGUUACUCUCUAGUUGGAUUCUCAACAUCUGCGCCACAUCGGUCAUGUGGCUGUACCUUUCCAGAUUCUGCUCCGGAGUCGGAUCGGGCAUUAUGUGGCCCGCGAUAUCCUUAUACCUUGGCGAGAUUGCUAGUCCUGCUAUUCGAGGCUCUCUGAUAUCCUUGAUAGUGAACGCAGCAUCGAUGGGUAUGUUUUUGGGCAAUGUGAUGGGUCCUUAUCUGUCUAUGGAGAUGUUCUGUUAUGUGAGCAUUGUACCGAAUAUCCUCUUCAUGGUCCUCUUCAGCCUAAUACCUGAGUCACCCUAUCAUUAUGCUCUUCAUGGCAAUAUCGACGAAGCUGAGGCAUCUCUCAAGUGGUUUCAACGAGAGACUAAUGUCAAGACUGAAAUACAAGAACUUCAGGACUUUGUUGACGGCGCAAACACCAGCAUUUUAACAAAACUCAAGGACUUUCUAUUACCAGUAAAUUUGAAGAACGUUUUUAUCAUGUUCGGCUUACUAGUCUUCGUCCAAGCAAGUUCGUUCAGCACAAUAAACGCCUACGCAGAGCUCAUCGUUAUCAGUACCAAAGUGACCAUCACUCCAUCGAUCGUGGUAAUGGCGAUGUGUUUCGCCACAGUUGUUGCUGGCUUUAUUGCUGUCUUGUUAGUAGACAGAUUUGGUCGGAAAAAUCUGUUAAUACUUUCCAGCGUCGGCGUCGCCAUUUCAUUAAUCGUUCUUGGUCUUCACUUUUAUCUUCUUUCUCUAAACUUUGAUCCUGAAAAACUGACAUGGUUGUCAAUCACAUCAUUGCUAUGCUUUAAUCUAUUCGUGGCUUGUGGUCUAUCUACAAUACCUAGCACUCUUGUAGGUGAGAUGUUCCCAGCAAAUCUCAAGAAUCUGGCGUCUCUUUGCAUUUUUUCGAGCAAUGCUCUAUUUUCCUUCAUAUUUGUCAAGAGCUACCAACCUUUUAUUAAUUUAGUUGGAGAAACAAUCGUCUUUUGGAGUUAUGGACUUUUUGUACUUGGAGCAGUGCCCUAUGUGCGGUAUUUGAUCCCCGAAACGACAGGAAAAAGUUUACUAGAGAUUCAACGAUCCAUUAAAAAAUAA